CCGUGUCGGGGAGCCGCGGGGCUGGGGCGCGCUGUGCGGGGCCGUGUGAGCCGCGGGACGGGGAGAGCCGAGCCAAGCGCCGCACGGGACCUGCCCAUGGCCGAGAGUUUUCAGAAGCAAGUGGCUGACUGCCCUGACAUGAUACUGAGGAAGGGGCUGAACAACAGAUACCGUGUGCUAGAAGUCAGCCUGAUACAGAGCAAUGGAAGUGACCCCGAGAAACACCUGAGAAUUACAGCAUCUCACUCACCAGAAGAUACAGAGCUGUGCAUUCUUAGGAAUGGCUGGGAGUCUGUGCCGGUUGUUCCCGGGGACAUCAUUCAUUUGGAAGGGGGGUGCAGCUCCGGCACGUGGGUCAUCAGUGAGCAGUGUGGGUACCUGGUGCUGUACCCAGACCUGCUGCUCUCUGGCACUACGGUAUCCAACAGCAUCCGCUGUAUGAGAAGGGCCGUGCUGAGCGAGCGGUUCAGGGGCUCCGAGUCCGGCUCGCGCCAAAUGCUCGUGGGUACGAUCCUGCAUGACAUCUUCCAGCAAUCUGUGACAAAUAACUUGGCACAAGAAAAAGUACAAGAACUAGCAAAUAAAAUUGUGUACGGACAAAAGUACCUCAAAGAAAUGUAUCACUUGAAUCUGAAACAAGCAGAAAUAAUGCAGGAGGUGGAAGAAUAUUUACCAUCAUUUUUUAAAUGGGCAGAAGACUUCAUGCACAACCCAGUGAACCAAAAUAAAAUGCAACUAAAACUGUCAAAUGGUGAAAAAUCAGAAGUUGUAUCUUCUAAGAUAGAGAUUGUGGAUAUCUUGGACAUCGAAGAGAAUAUCUGGUCUCCCAGGUUUGGGUUGAAGGGAAAGAUUGAUGUUACAGCCAGGGUGAAAAUCCAUUGCCAGUCUGGAGUAGAGUCUCGGAUAAUGCCCCUGGAGCUCAAGUCUGGCAAGGAAUCCAACUCCAUAGAGCACAGAAGUCAGGUUAUUCUGUACACACUGCUGAAUUUAGAGCGGAGAGCAGAUCCUGAAGCUGGAUUUCUUCUUUAUCUCAAAACUGGUACAAUGUAUCCUGUUUCUGGAGCUCGCAUGGACAGAAGAGAAUUAAUGAAGCUGAGAAACCACGUGGCCUUCUACUUAACACACAGCACCUACAAAUCUGCUGUGGGAAGGCAGCAUUCACAGCUUGCUGCUUUGCCUCCUGUGAUCGAUGACAGUCAAGCCUGUAAAUAUUGCUCCCAAAUGCACAAUUGCUUCCUGUACAGCAGAGCUGUAGAGCAGCAGAUGGCCAGUGUGUCCUUUCCUCCUGCUCUGGUUCCCAUUAUUGACAGAGAGACCCAGCACCUGAAACCCUCCCACUUGGAGUAUUUCAGCCUCUGGUACCUGAUGUUAAUCCUGGAGCUGCAGAGUGGGGAGGGUAAAAAGGGAUAUAAAAACAUAUGGAUGAUACCUUCUUUGGAAAGAGAGAAGGCUGGAGAUUGUGUUGGAAACGUGAUUAGAGUGGCUGAAGUACAGGAAAUUUCCGAGGGACAGUACCUACACUUUUUCCAACGCAGAAAUGGUGCCAUACCUGGAACAAACCUGUUGGCUGGUGAUCGAGUGGUUGUGAGUGGAGAGGAAAAGGGUUUACUUGGUUUGGCUACCGGCUACGUUAGAGAAGUCAGUGGAACAAAAGUCUCCUGUUUGCUGGGCAGGAAUUUGUCAAAGCUCCCCAAGAACACUGUAUUUAGGUUGGAUCACGAAGAGGGAGAUUUUGGUAUGGGAGUCCCUUUUGAAAAUCUUUCUAAAUUGAUGAAAGAUUCCCCAGUCAGUGAAAGGCUCCGCAACUUGAUAAUUGACUUCCAGAAACCACGUUUCAUUCAGCACUUGAGCUCUGUCCUUCCUCCAGAGGCAAAGGAAACUGUUGCAAAUAUUUUAAAGGGUCUAAAUAAGCCUCAGAAACAGGCAAUGAAACAAGUGCUACUUUCGAAAGACUACACACUUAUUGUGGGUAUGCCUGGAACAGGAAAAACAACUACAAUCUGUGCUCUAGUGAGAAUUCUUUCUGCCUGUGGCUUCAGUGUUCUCCUGACCAGUUUUACACACACGGCUGUUGACAACAUCCUGCUCAAGCUGGCCAAGUUCAAAAUUGGUUUCCUGCGCUUGGGGCGAGCUCAGAAGGUCCAUCCAGAUAUUCGGAAAUACACGGAGGAAGAAAUUUGCAAGUCCAAAUCAAUUAAAUCUGUAACAGACUUGGAAGAGAUCUAUAAUAGCCAGCCAGUGGUGGCAACGUCUUGCAUGGGAGUAAAUCACCCUAUCUUUGCUCAGAAGCAAUUUGAUUUCUGUAUAGUUGAUGAAGCUUCCCAAAUAAGCCAGCUCAUCUGCCUGGGCCCACUGUUCUGCUCCAAAAGGUUUGUGCUGGUGGGGGAUCAUCAGCAGCUGCCUCCACUUGUGCUGAAUUCAGAGGCAAGAGACCUCGGCAUGAGUGAAAGCUUAUUUAAAAGGCUGGAACAAAACCAAAAUGCUGUUGUCCAGUUAACUGUGCAGUACAGAAUGAAUAGUAAGAUUAUGUCACUGAGUAACAUGCUGGUGUACGAAGGCAAACUGGAAUGUGGCUCAGAGAAGGUGUCAAAUGCCACUGUUAACUUGCCCAACCUAAAAAAAUUGAAACUGGACCUUGUGGAUGCUUCAAAAACGUGGCUGAAAGAAGUUCUCGAUCCAGACAAACCUGUGUGUUUUCUGAACACAGAGAAGGUCCCAGCACCAGAACACGCAGAAAAAGGUGGCAUAAGCAACGUGACAGAAGCUAAAAUAGUGCUUUUUCUCACAUCCUUAUUUAUUAAGGCUGGCUGCAGGCCUUCAGACAUUGGCAUCAUAUCACCCUACAGACACCAGUUAAAAACAAUCUCUGAUCUGAUGGCAAAACUGAAGGAGAACAGAGUGGAAGUCAACACAGUCGACAAAUACCAAGGAAGAGACAAAAGUGUCAUAAUCGUGUCUUUUGUUAGGAACAGUCAUGAUGAAAAUCUUGGCCACCUCCUGAAGGACUGGCGGCGUCUGAAUGUUGCCAUCACGAGAGCCAAGCACAAGCUGGUCAUGGUGGGCUGUGUUCCAUCCCUGAGCUGCUAUCCUCCCCUGGAGAAGCUCCUCUGCCACCUGCAGUCCCAGGCAAUGAUCUUGAAUCUUCCAGCGGGGGCUCAUGAAAGUAUCCACAAGUGUAACAUCUUAUGAGUGUGUGAAGAUGGGAAGUUUUACAGACACUGGUGUCUUGUCUUCUGCUUUGGUUCUAAAUACUUGAAAGUGCAGUUUACAUACAGCGAUUCCAUUCACUGGAAUUCCCAGUUAAGGUGCUGUGUUGCUCUGUUUGGAACAAAAAUAGGAAAACUGUCAUCAUCAAAGCCUCAAAUUCUCCUUUGAACUCUACUCCUGUUUUUUAAAAUAUACAAGUGUUUUAUAUUUAUAUACAUAAUGUAAUUAAUCUCCCUCAUGAAGAUCCCUCUGACUUUCCUAAUCUCUUGAUUUUGCACACAUCAGGGAGCAAUGUGAUGCUGAUUGACUUAAUUCCCUGUCAUUAACUGUGUUCAGCAGAUCAGUCUGAAGUGAAAUGCUUCCUAGUAAAACUCUGUUUUCAGUUUGUCUGAUCUGUGGUCUUCAAAACAAAACUUUCCCAAGAAACAGAGCCAGAGCUGCAGCUUGCUGUCUGAGAAGUUUACAUGCUCAGGUUCUAUUUUUUUUACAGAUAUGAAUAUUCAUAUUGCAUAUGAUAAUAGCAAACACUCUCCACUUGAGAAAUCUGUGUUAAUGUCUUUAUGCUACCUCAUUUUUUAGACUAAAGGCACUGAGAAGUUUCUUUCCAAGACUGCUAGUGGAAACAUCAAUUUUCUUGAUUCUUCAGAAUCAUUAGUAUUUGUUUGCUCUGGGAUCAAUGUCAAGUAGCUGUGUGCAUACAGAUGCAGACAAACUUCUGAAAUGUGGGCAUUUUCACUCUCUUACACUGCUCCCUGACUUUUUGUAAUGCUUGAAAUAAUAAAAGUUUGCUGCUUGUUUCAU